ACUGCAGACCCUGAGUGCUGAGACCCCCCAGGACACUCCAGUCUCCCAGGCCUGUGCUGGUCCCCACUGAUGUGGGCUCCUCUGGAGAGGUAGAGGAAGGAGGCAAGCAAGUUUCAGGAACACCAAACAUGGCCGUCCCAGCUUCUGUGGAGCCCAGGAGACCAGAGAAGAAUUCAUCCCAUCCGGGGUCCUGACCUCCUCCCUACCCGCUGGGUGGCUGGCCAUAGAGCCUCUCAGCUGCUGCGUGUCCUGUUGCAGACCUCUGCCAUGUUGCCACCUCUGGGUCCUCUCCUCCUAGCCCUAGGCCUGGGGCUGGCCAGCACGCUCACUUCCAAUGACCCCAAUGCCUGCACCUUCUGGGAAAGCUUCACGACCACCACCAAGGAGUCCCACUCCCGCCCCUUCAGCCUGCUGCCCGCAGAGCCGUGCGACAGGCCCUGGGAGAGCCUGCACAGCUGCCCUCGGCCCACGGUAGUGUACCGGACCGCGUACCGGCAGGUGGUGAAGACAGACUCCCGCCCGCGCCUGCGAUGCUGCCAGGGUUUCUACGAGAGUGCGGCCACCUGCGUCCCGCUCUGUGUCCAGGAGUGUGUCCAUGGCCGCUGUGUGGCUCCCAAUCAGUGCCAGUGUGUGCCAGGCUGGCGGGGUGAUGACUGCUCUAGUGAGUGUGCUCCGGGAAUGUGGGGGCCGCAGUGUGACAAGGCCUGCCACUGUGGCAACAGCAGCUCCUGUGAUCCCAAAAGUGGGGCAUGCUCUUGCUCCUCUGGCCUGCAGCCCCCAGACUGCCUCCAGCCCUGCCCCCCGGGCCACUAUGGUCCUGCCUGUCAGUACAGCUGUGACUGCAAUGGGGCGCCCUGCGAUCCCCAGGAUGGGGCCUGCUUCUGUCCUCCUGGGAAAACAGGACCCAGCUGUGACAUAUCCUGCCCACAGGGCACCGCUGGCUUCUUUUGCCCCAGCACCCAUCCUUGCCAAAACGGGGGUAUCUUUCAGGAUUCCCAAGGCUCCUGCAGCUGCCCACCAGGCUGGAUGGGGACCAUCUGCUCCCUGCCCUGUCCAGAGGGCUUCCACGGACCCAACUGUUCACAGAAAUGCCGCUGCCACAACGGUGGUCUCUGCGACCGGUUCACUGGGCAGUGCCACUGUGCUCCGGGCUAUAUGGGGGAGCGGUGCCGUGAGGAGUGCCCGGUGGGCCGCUUUGGGCAAGACUGUGCGGAGACGUGCGACUGCGCCCCGGGCGCGCGCUGCUUCCCGGCCAACGGCGCGUGUCUGUGCGAGCACGGCUUCACGGGCGACCGCUGCACCGAGCGCCUGUGCCCGGACGGCCGCUACGGCCUCGGCUGCCAGGCGUCGUGCAGCUGCGACCCGGAGCACAGCGUCAGCUGCCACCCGAUGCACGGCGAGUGCACGUGCCGCCCGGGCUGGGCGGGCCUGCACUGCAACGAGAGCUGCCCGCGGGACACGCACGGGCCCGGCUGCCUGCAGCACUGCCUCUGCCUGCACGGCGGCGUCUGCCUGGCCGACAGCGGCCUCUGCCGGUGCGCGCCCGGCUACACGGGGCCGCACUGCGCCAGCCUCUGCCCCCCGGACACCUACGGGCUCAACUGCUCCUCCCGCUGCUCGUGCGAGAACGCCAUCGCCUGCUCCCCCAUAGACGGCGCGUGCGUGUGCAAAGAGGGUUGGCAGCGUGGUAAUUGCUCUGUUCCCUGCCCACCUGGCACUUGGGGCUUCAGUUGCAAUGCCAGCUGCCAGUGUGCCCAUGAUGGAGUCUGCAGCCCCCAAACUGGAGUCUGUACCUGCACCCCUGGAUGGCACGGGGCCCACUGCCAGCUGCCAUGCCCAAAGGGGCAGUUUGGUGAAGGUUGUGCCAGUCGCUGUGAUUGUGACCACUCUGAUGGCUGUGACCCUGUCCAUGGACGCUGCCAGUGCCAGGCUGGCUGGAUGGGUAUCCGCUGCCACCUGCCCUGCCCCGAGGGCUUCUGGGGAGCCAACUGCAGCAACCCCUGCACCUGCAAGAAUGGGGGCACUUGUGUCCCUGAGAGUGGCGCCUGUGUGUGUGCACCUGGGUACCGAGGCCCCUCCUGCCAAAGACCCUGCCAGCCUGGCCGCUAUGGCAAACGCUGUGUGCCCUGCAAGUGCAACAACCACUCCUCGUGCCACCCAUCAGAUGGGACCUGCUACUGCCUGCCUGGCUGGACAGGCCCCAACUGCUCCCAGGCAUGUCCCCUAGGCUACUGGGGAGCCAAAUGUGCCCACCCCUGCCAGUGUCACCAUGGUGGAACCUGCCACCCCCAGGAUGGGAGCUGUACCUGCCCCCCGGGCUGGAUCGGACCCCACUGCUUGGAAGGCUGCCCACUAGGGAUGUUUGGUGCCAACUGCUCUCAACUGUGCCAGUGUGGUCCUGGAGAGAGGUGCCACCCGGAGACUGGGGCCUGCCUGUGUCCCCCAGGGUACAGUGGCAUACCCUGCAGGAUUGGGAGCCAGGAGACCUUCACCAUGAUGCCCACCUCUCCAGUGGCCUAUAAUUCACUUGGGGCAGUGGUGGGCAUUGCAGUGCUGGGGACCCUUGUGGUGGCCCUGGUGGCGCUGUUCAUUGGCUAUCGCCACUGGCAGAAGGGCAAGGAACAUCAGCAUUUGGCAGUGGCCUACAGCACGGGGCGGCUGGAUGGCUCUGAGUACAUCAUGCCAGAUGUCCCUCCAAGCUACAGUCACUACUACUCCAACCCCAGCUACCACACCCUGUCUCAGUGCUCCUCCAACCCCCCGCCCCCCAACAAGGUGCCUGAGCGGCCAGGCGGAGCCCGUGGGCAUGAUAACCAUAGUACACUGCCUAGUGACUGGACACGCCGCUGGGAGACCCAUGACAGAGGCACCAGCCGUCUGGACCGAAGCCACAGCUAUAGCCAUAGCCACAGGAAUGUCCCAGGCCCAUUUUGUAAUAAAGUCACAGGACUUGUGUCUGAAGAGGGGCUGGGGGCCAGUGUGGUAUCCCUGAGCAGUGAGAACCCCUAUGCCACCAUCCGAGACCUGCCCAGCCUGCCAGGGCCCCCCUGGGAGAGCGGCUACAUGGAAAUGAAGGGCCCUACUUCGGGAUGCACGCGUAGGCAGCCUCCUCCUCGGCUCCAGGACAGUGGGCAGCGCCCCCAGCCCCAGAGAGACAGUGGCACCUAUGAGCAGCCCAGCAUCCCAAGCCACGAUGGGGAGUCUGGGGGCUCCCAGUCUCCCAGUCCUCCAGAUCCACCCCCCGGCCACUACGAUUCUCCCAAGAACAGCCACAUCCCUGGACACUACGAUUUGCCUCCUGCACGACAUCCCCCGUCACCUCCGCCUCAGCACCAGGACCGCUGAGGAGCCAGGAGGGUAUGGCGGGUGCCCAAGGCUGGGACAGAGCCUGUAUGCCCUGCCGGGAGCAGGGAGUGAAGCAGCAGGCCGUGGGCAUGGGCACGUGUGGUGAAGAGAGUGGGCAAAGAGAGGGGCCUUCGGGACUCCCAUGUUCCAGCAGAGAACGGGCGGGCAGGGUACCUGGCUCUCUUUCUCCAACCCACUGUUUCCUAAGGCCCCCAGGGCCCGGUGUAUAUAAGCUGCUGGGUUGAAUGCUGUUGGAUAAGCUUCGGAUUUAGUUUUAAAAUGUGUGUUGGGUACCUUUUCUGUGCAUACCCAAGCUGGGCUGUGUGGGUCUGGUUGGCUUCAGCAGGGUGCCAGGCAAAGGUUCUGCCCUCUACCCACCGUUUAGCCAGGAAGCAACCAGGCCAAAUUCGCUGUGGCAGAAGCCCCUUGCUGACUGCCCCACUUAUGUGGUCAUCCUUUAUUUUUCUGCUUAACAUUAGAGCAUGUUAGGUCACUUCCUGCCCAUAGUCCUCACAUCUUGGUGCCCCUUUGUUCUCUGGCCAAAGUCCAAUCUUCUGCGCCUCAGUGGGCCCUGACACCUGGCCUUUCAGUUUCUCCUUAAGCUGUGAGUCUCUGUUCAUCACACUGGCCACAAGAUGUGGCUUUCUGCUGUCCUCCAGGUACUGGACAUCUGAAGUGCUCAGACUCCCCCAGUAACCUAUUGAUUUUUGCUUAAAGUUUACAUGACUUAUCACAGAUCACUCCACUCCACCCAUGUCCUUUAUAGCUGAUGGAGCUGUGUCCCCUCUCCCAGGUCCCCCACCCCGUCCUUCAUACUGAUGGAGCUGUGUCCCCUCUCCCAGGUCCCCCACCCCGUCCUUCAUACUGAUGGAGCUGUGUCCCCUCCCCAGGUCCCCCACCCCGUCCUUCAUACUGAUGGAGCUGUGUCCCCUCUCCCAGGUCCCCCACCCCGUCCUUCAUACUGAUGGAGCUGUGUCCCCUCCCCAGGUCCCCCACCCCGUCCUUCAUACUGAUGGAGCUGUGUCCCCUCUCCCAGGUCCCCCACCCCGUCCUUCAUACUGAUGGAGCUGUGUCCCCUCUCCCAGGUCCCCCACCCCGUCCUUCAUACUGAUGGAGCUGUGUCCCCUCUCCCAGGUCCCCCACCCCGUCCUUCAUACUGAUGGAGCUGUGUCCCCUCCCCAGGUCCCCCACCCCGUCCUUCAUACUGAUGGAGCUGUGUCCCCUCCCCAGGUCCCCCACCCCAUCCUUCAUACUGAUGGAGCUGUGUCCCCUCCCCAGGUCCCCCACCCCGUCCUUCAUACUGAUGGAGCUGUGUCCCUCUCCCAGGUCCCCCACCCCGUCCUUCAUACUGAUGGAGCUGUGUCCCUCUCCCAGGUCCCCCACCCCGUCCUUCAUACUGAUGGAGCUGUGUCCCUCUCCCAGGUCCCCCACCCCGUCCUUCAUACUGAUGGAGCUGUGUCCCCUCUCCCAGGUCCCCCACCCCGUCCUUCAUACUGAUGGAGCUGUGUCCCCUCUCCCAGGUCCCCCACCCCGUCCUUCAUACUGAUGGAGCUGUGUCCCCUCUCCCAGGUCCCCCACCCCGUCCUUCAUACUGAUGGAGCUGUGUCCCCUCUCCCAGGUCCCCCACCCCGUCCUUCAUACUGAUGGAGCUGUGUCCCUCUCCCAGGUCCCCCACCCCGUCCUUCAUACUGAUGGAGCUGUGUCCCUCUCCCAGGUCCCCCACCCCGUCCUUCAUACUGAUGGAGCUGUGUCCCCUCUCCCAGGUCCCCCACCCCGUCCUUCAUACUGAUGGAGCUGUGUCCCCUCUCCCAGGUCCCCCACCCCGUCCUUCAUACUGAUGGAGCUGUGUCCCCUCCCCAGGUCCCCCACCCCAUCCUUCAUACUGAUGGAGCUGUGUCCCCUCUCCCAUGCCCCCACCCCGUCCUUCAUACUGAUGGAGCUGUGUCCCCUCCCCAGGUCCCCCACCCCGUCCUUCAUACUGAUGGAGCUGUGUCCCCUCUCCCAGGUCCCCCACCCCGUCCUUCAUACUGAUGGAGCUGUGUCCCCUCUCCCAGGUCCCCCACCCCGUCCUUCAUACUGAUGGAGCUGUGUCCCCUCUCCCAGGUCCCCCACCCCGUCCUUCACAGCUGGUAGAGCUGUGUUCCUGCUCCCAGGCACCUGCAGAAGGCAGGUGUGUCAGCAGCACCCUGAUGUGCUGGUUCUUGUGUUAAGCUCCGCCUCCCCCAGACUGUAAGCUCCCUGAAGGCAAAACUGUGUUUAUGCUCACUGUUGUUUCCCCUUGGCACACAGCCAGUUUAGUAAAUGCUCCUCCCCAAAGCUGGGUGGAUUAAAGCUCCGGGAA